GGGCUGGCCGGCGGGAGACAGGCGCCCUUCCGCUCACCCUGCGCAGCUCGGGCCGGCGGCGGGCAUGGAGCCGGGGCGCCCCUGGGGCCGGACGGCGUGCAUCGUGACGGGGGCUUCGCGGGGGCUCGGCCGGAGCCUGGCCCGCCUGCUGGCCGCCCACCUGCCGCCCGGCUCGGCGCUGCUGCUGGUGGCGCGCUCGGCGGGGCCGCUGGGCCGGCUGGAGGGCGAGCUGCGCGCCGCCUUCCCGGGGCUGCGGGUGCGGGCGCUGCCCGCCGAUCUGGGCUGCGAUCAGGGGCUGCGGCUGGUGGCCGAGGCCGGGCGGGGGCUGCGCGAGGCCGGGGACCCCCAGCGCCUGCUGCUCAUCAACAACGCCGGAUCUCUGGGCAAUAUCUCCAAGACCUUCUCCGACUUCUCCGAGCCCGACGAGGUCAACAGCUACCUAAACCUCAACGUGACCUCUGCCCUCUGCCUGACCGCCUCUGUCCUGAAGGCCUUUCCCGCCCAGCCUGGCUUCAGCCGCCUGGUGGUCAACAUCUCCUCCCUCUGCGCCCUGAAGCCCUUCAAGAGCUGGAGCCUCUACUGCACGGGGAAGGCAGCUCGGGACAUGAUGUUCCAGGUCUUAGCGGCCGAAGAGCCGGACGUGCGGGUGCUGAACUACGCGCCAGGCCCCCUGGACACCUCCAUGCAGGAAGAAGCCCGCUCCCUCUCGGCAGACCCGGAGGUGAGGCAGGCCUUCAUCCACCUGAAGGAAUCCGGGCAGCUGAUCGACUGCGACGUCUCCGCCCGGAAGCUGCUGGACCUGCUGGUGGCAAACGCCUUCGAAUCCGGUGCCCACGUGGACUUCUACGACCCCUGAGCCACCCUCCGGGGUCCUGCUUCCCUUGGAGGUCCCUUCGCCAUGGCACGGCUUCCUUUCUCAAAAGACCAGGAAUUAUUCUGUGGCUUUUUUUCAUGCAGUAAAUAAGGUCUGCCAGGAAG